CAAAGCGUUUUUGCUCCAAUUCGCAUUAACGUCACGUGUAAUCUUAGUAAAUGGCAUUUCUCAAAAUAAAAACAGUAAAUAAAUGAAAACAUCUUAUAUUUUUGUUUUGCCAGAGACAUAACGCAUAGAUCCUGUUAGAAAUUCAACAUAAUGGAUGAAUUGAGUGACAAAUUUCACUAUUUAUAUAGUUCAGAUGUUCCAGCAAGAAUCCAGAUUAAAAUUGGCACACUAGAAGGAAAACGAAUAAAACCAACGUAUGAAGAGCUGCUAAAAGACCCUCAUCUCAAAUUUUCAGGAUUAUGUCAAGACGGUUGUUCAGACCUAAUGGUGGAAUGUCAGAUUUGGGACAACAAUGAGCCUUUGUGCCUACCAGUCGGCACUGAAUAUAAGGCAUUCACUAAUAGAUGGAAUUGGAAUGAAUGGCUUCAUAUGCCUUUAGAAUUUUGUGAUCUGCCCCGGUCAGCUCAGCUUGCAAUCACUAUUUAUGAUUGUGCGGGUCCUAACAAAUUAAUGCCAGUGGGGGGCACCACUGUAUCUCUGUUUAGUAAACAUGGAGUCUUUAGGGAGGGUAUGUUAGACUUGAGAGUUUGGCCUAAUGUAGUAGCAGAUGGAAAGAGGCCAACAUCGACUCCAGGUAAAGGCCAUGACGGGAAACAAAAUUCCACAGAUCAGAUGUGGAAGUUGGCUAAAUUAGCGAAGAAACAUAGAAAUGGACAUAUACCAAAAGUUGAUUGGUUGGAUAGAUUAACCUUUCGGGAACUAGAAGUUAUUAAUGAAAAAGAAAAAAGGUCCUCAAACUACAUGUAUCUAACUGUAGAAUUCCAAAAAGUCUUUUCCGAUAUGUUUUCUACUCCUUACCAUGUGGUUUACUUUGAACAAAAUGGAGAGGAGAUUCAUACCUUUAAGAGUAAUGCAGAUUUGGUAUUUGUUCCUGAUUCUGAAAUAUCCAAGGAAAAUCUGGUGGAGCGGAAACAUCAUAUGCUGGCCAGAUCGUUGCGGAGCGGACAUAACGACAAGGAUGCCAAACCGAACGCUGCCGUACGGGACAUUUUAAAUAAGAUCGUUUCUUACCCGCCCACCCAACAAUUGUCGAACGAAGAACAGGAUUACGUGUGGAAAUUUAGGUUUUACUUGAGUACCCAAAAGAAAGCCUUAACGAAAUUUUUAAAGUGUGUUAACUGGAAACACCACAAUGAGGUGCGUCAGGCUUUACACCUGAUGGACAUUUGGGUGCCCAUGGACGUGGAAGAUGCCUUGGAGCUUCUGAGUCCAAAUUUCAAUCACCCGGCAGUGCGUAGAUAUGCGAUAAUAAGACUACAACAGGCGCCAGACGAUGAAAUUCUACUGUACCUUUUGCAGUUGGUGCAAGCGUUGAAAUAUGAGAAUUUUUCCGCGAUUCAAGAAGCUUAUGAACGAUUGAUUUCGGGUCACGAGGUUUUUCCUCUGAUGGAAGAUACCACCGGCCACUUUUUGGAAAAGAAAGACUCUAAAGAUAGUAACUCCACUAUAACUUGCGAAUCGCCACUGCAAAGGUCGUCCAGUUAUAACCAGGCCGACCAUUUGGCUUCUUCGAUUGUAAAUAGUGUCGUUGAGGUGGAUACGAGGGGUUCACAGCCUUCUAGUUUGCCGGCUCUUACCCAAUGUACAGAAUCUGGUAAUACCGAUACUUUACAGAGUAAUAUGUGUGAGGAGGAGGAAAUAAGCGAUUUGGCCUCUUUUCUCAUUUACAGGGCCUGUAAGAAUUUCACUUUGGCCAAUUAUUUUUACUGGUAUCUCUUGCUGGAGUGUGAGGACCAAGAAGGAACAAUAAAACAAGAUGAAGAAGUAAGAAAUAUGUACCUGACAGUAAUGCGAACGUUUUUACAAGCUUUAGCAAAGGGUACAGAUUCCAUGCAGAAAAAACGGACGAUUUUAAGCAAACAGGAAAAAUUCAUCGCUAAACUGGUGCAGCUAAUAAAAGCGGUAUCCAAGGAGAACGCUUACAGGGUCAAAAAGGUUCAAAAGUUAAAAGAGUUACUCUCGGAUCCGGAUGCUUUUAAAUAUAAUUUUGCCAAGUUUGAACCGAUACCGUUUCCCUUGGAUCCAGAGAUAAUCAUAACGGGAAUCCUGCCAGACAAAGCGAUGCUCUUUAAAUCGGCAAUGAUGCCGGCCAAAUUGAAUUUUCUGACCGCAGAGGGUGAAGAAUACGUCGCCAUAUUUAAACUGGGAGACGAUCUCAGACAGGACCAGCUUAUAUUACAAAUGAUCACUUUAAUGGAUAAAUUACUAAACAAAGAAAAUUUGGAUUUAAAAUUGACCCCUUAUAGAGUUUUGGCUACCAGUACGAAACAUGGGUUCGUGCAAUUUAUCGAGAGUACCACUAUUGCAGAAGUGCUCGCCCUAGAAGGGAGCAUACAGAACUACUUUAAAAAGCACCAUCCUCAAGAGAACGCCCCUUACGGCAUCCAGCCGGAUAUAAUGGACGCUUAUGUGCGCUCUUGCGCCGGUUAUUGCGUCAUAACUUAUUUAUUGGGUGUGGGCGAUCGGCAUUUAGACAAUUUGUUGCUCACAGAGGACGGAAGGUUGUUUCACAUUGACUUUGGAUACAUUUUAGGCAGAGACCCUAAACCCUUACCUCCUCCAAUGAAACUGACGAAAGAAAUGGUCGAGGCAAUGGGAGGAGUAAACUCGGAACAUUAUCAAGAGUUUAGGAAACUCUGCUAUACGGCAUUCUUGCACUUAAGAAGACACGCCAACUUAAUGCUCAAUCUAUUUUCUCUUAUGGUCGACGCCAGUGUACCGGAUAUCGCUCUGGAGCCAGACAAGGCGGUGAAAAAGGUUCAAGAUAAACUAAUGUUGGAUUUGGGAGAGGAGGAGGCGGUGCAUUACAUUCAGAAUUUAAUUGACGCCUCUGUGACGGCCGUCAUGGCCGCCAUAGUCGAACAGUUGCAUAAGAUCACUCAGUAUAUGAGGAAAUAACAUUGUGAUAAUAAUAAUAAUUCAGGCUGUGGCCACAUUUUUUUAUAGCUGGACUAUUUUAAGGAUGCAUGUUGGGGCUCGAGUUGUUCAUGACGGUCUUGGAAUCAAUUUCGAAGGGCAAGGUUAUUAGAAGUAGUGGAAAAUUUUACCUGUGUAAAAUUGGUGUUUUUUCUGGCGACCUUGACAAGUUCUAGAGAAGUGCCUAAGAGGCAAUUCCUUUAGAUUUUCGAGAUAUUUUUAGUACUAAUAUAAGUACACUUUACAUUGAUACAGUUCUCAAAUGUCAAGUUUAUGCAUAGGUCAAGGAUUAAUUGAGGGGGUCAGAAGCCAAGGGGUCCAAGUACCAAAACGUAAAUAUUGAGAAAUUUCAAUUUUAAAUAUUUUUACUUAUUAAAAAAUCUAGAACCCUAAAAUGCAUGAGUUAUGUAUUGCAAAUUUUUUAUUUUGCUUAUACUUAUAAUUUAGGAUGGAUUUUGAAAAUGUUUGGGCUUUAUUUUAUUCACAGGGCCGUACUAUGGUACACGGGUGUUGUAACAAUUUUGAAAAAAUGCCACAUAAUCAUUUAUUUUUGUAGAUAGGUAAUAAAAAUUCUCAAAUAAUAGAAUAGACUUUAAUAAAAAAUUGUUACAGAAGG